CAUUCUCUUACAUUUUUCCUUUCCCCCUCUCUCUCUCUUUCUUCUACGGAGCUGAGGAUUAAGAGAGACGCCGUAACGGGCCUUCUCACCAAAACGCCGUUACGUUCUAACGCCGUUACGGAGAGAAAUAAAAAAAUACUUUAUUUUUUCGCUUCAAUGGCUCAGGAACAGCUGAGCUUAGGUACGAGCGCCGUUGACGGCGACGCUAACGGCGUCAUCUAUGUGGCCGGCGGCGGCGGAAGAGGAGAGAGCCGUGUGUCGGCGAAGAAUGACGGCGGAAGCGGCGGAGGAGAUGACGGCAUUAAGACGGCGAGACUUCCUCGGUGGACAAGACAGGAGAUCCUAGUGCUGAUACAGGGGAAGAGAGUGGCCGAGAACAGAGUUCGACGUGGUCGUGCUGUCGGGUCGGGCAUGGGAUUGGGGUCGCCGGGUCAAGUGGAGCCGAAGUGGGCAUCUGUCUCUUCGUACUGCAAGCGUCACGGCGUGAAUCGCGGGCCCGUACAAUGCCGGAAAAGAUGGAGCAAUCUCGCCGGCGAUUUCAAGAAGAUCAAGGAGUGGGAGUCCCAGAUUAAGGACGAGACGGAAUCGUUCUGGGUGAUGAGGAACGAUCUCAGGAGGGAGAGGAAGCUUCCUGGGUUUUUCGACAAGGAGGUCUACGACAUCCUCGACGGCGGCGCAAUCCCUCCGGCGGUGGCGGUGGAGGCGGCUCUGGUUCUUGCCCUAGCUCCGGCGUCGACGUCGGUGGAGAAAUCAGAGCCGGUAUUCGACAGUGGUCGGAGCACCGCGGCGGAGGAAGGUUUGUUCUCUGAUUUCGUCGAGCAGGAGGAGCCGGCGAAGGCGAUUCCGACGGCGGUGCCUCUAUCGGUUUCGGAGAAGGACUACCAAGCAGCUUCAGGAGCAGGUAAAACGAACGAGAGACGCCCGGAAAAGAACGCAGAAGCCGAUUCAACAUCUCAAGAGCAGAGAAAGCGAAAAAGGCAAGAAGAACCCGACAAACAAGAAGAAGAGGAAGAAGCAAACAGUAUGCAGCAUCAGCUAAUAGACGUGUUAGAAAGAAGCGGUAAAAUGUUGGCAACACAGCUCGAGGCUCAGAACUCGAACUUAAGACAAGACAGGGAACAACGGAAAGACUUUGGAGAUAGCUUAGUUGCUGUCCUCAACAAGCUGGCUGAUGCUCUCGGCAGAAUCGCAGACAAGUUGUAGGAGAAGGGUACGUACCCAAGGUUGUAGAUAAAGCGAAUUGUUCGGAAAAAAGUCGGGAAUUCGCGUAAAGAUUCAGACUUUUUUUGGCCAUUUCCUCAGCAUCUAUCCUUUCUUCUUCUCCAUUGUAGAAACAUUUAUGCCAUUGUAGAGGGGUCCAUACACUCAUAUACAAGGAUAAAGGCUGCAGAUAUAUAGGAUUUUAUUUUGUAUUUAUACUCCAUUGUUAUAUUACGAAAACCAUGAGAUGGGUUUUUCAUUUUUCAAUU